AUGAGAAAGUGUACCAGAAGUCCUGAAACUAACCAAUCCUUAAUACAAGAGUCACUUAAAGAUUCUGAGCAAUUUAUUGUGAAGGCUAGCCAGAACCAGUCAUUCGGUGAUGAAAUAAGAUGUCUUGCUGCUGGUAAACAAGUAUGUCGUGACAGUCCAAUCAGUUCCUUGAAUCCCUAUUUGGAUGAUGAAGGAGUCAUUCGUGUUGGGGGCCGGCUUAAUCAAAGCUGCCUUCCUAAGGAGUUGACAAACCCGAUCUUAUUGUCAGGUAAAGGCCAUACAGCUAGUUUGAUUGUACGUCACUUCCAUGAAAAAUGUAAACACCAAGGAAGAUUACUUACAGAAGGAUGUAUCAGAACCAAUGGAUUUUGGAUUGUAGGAGCAAAGAGGCUUAUAUCCAAGAUAAUACACCUUUGUGUCAUUUGUCGAAAACUAAGAGGUAAAACAGAACACCAGAUCAUGACCGACUUACCGGUUGAUAGACUUACACCAGGUCCGCCUUUCACAUUUGUCGGUUUAGACGUAUUUGGCCCCUGGGCAAUUGUAUCACGCAGAACCAGAGGUGGUAUGGCGCAGUCAAAACGGUGGGCUUUGCUCUUGACGUGUAUGACCACUCGCGCAGUACAUAUUGAAGUUUUGGAAGAAAUGUCAAGUUCAUCUUUCAUAAAUGCCUUGCGACGAUUUAUUGCCUUGAGGGGUAAUGUGAAAGAAUUUAGGUCUGACAGAGGUACCAACUUCGUUGGAGCAACCGAAGAUCUAAAAGUCAAUGUCAUUAAUGUUGAAUGUGGCCCUGUGCCAAACUAUUUUCGAGAUUCAGGCGUCACAUGGCGGUUUAACCCUCCCCACUCUUCCCAUAUGGGAGGAGUAUGGGAAAGAAUGAUAGGCAUGGCUAGAAGAAUCCUAGAUGGUAUGUUACUUGGAGUGACUUCUAAAAAUCUUACGCAUGAGGUACUUACUACACUCAUGGCGGAAGUAAGUGGUAUUAUUAACUCGAGACCUCUAGCACCAAUUUCAAACGACCCAGACUGUCCCGUCAUUCUCUCUCCGGCUAUGUUACUUAAUCAGAAAGUUCAGUGCGAGUCAACAGUUCCUUUCAACAUCGAUCAACGCGAAAUGUAUAGGAAGCAGUGGAAAAUGGUUCAGGUUCUUUCUGACAUGUUCUGGAAGCAGUGGAAAGAUAGCUAUAUUCACGUACUUCAGUCAAGGAGAAAGUGGAAAAUACCGCAACCUAGUGUUAAGAAUGGGGACAUUGUACUUCUCAGGGGAAACAAUCUUCCAAGGAAUGAAUGGACAGUGGGAAUAGUAGAAAACGCUAUUGAAAGUGAUAGUAACAAAAACGUUAGAAAGGCAGAAGUACGCGUGUGCAGAAAUGGAAAGUGCACUAACUACACUCGCCCUGUCACAGAAAUGGUUGUACUGGUUGAUUAG